CCCCACUGUAUAACAGACCAUUCCCCUCUUGCUUCCGGAGAUGCUGAUAUAUAUUGAUUCAGUUGAGCUCCCUUUUUCUUUUCAAUUCCUCCCUCUCUUCUCAUGGAACGGAAUAGUCGCUAUAGAAUUAUCUCUGCAAUCUUGAAUCUGAUUUAAUUGGCAUUUAAUUUAGUACCUGAGAAAAGGAUUUGAAAAUGGAUCUCAAAGAUAGGCUUUCUGUAGAUACCUGGACAGAAUCAUCUUCAUCCGGGAAUGAAUUACCGAAAGAUCAACAAUCAUUCACCAAUUUUAGUUUGCAGCAGCAGCAGCAUCAGCAGAAGUGGGAAGAUCCUUCUGUGCUAGAUUUCAGUGUUAGGAUUGAACCAGCUUUCCAGGAAUUCAACCAGACUUCUGCAACCCCAUCAUCUCUUCCUUGCAACCCUAAUAGUCAAAUCAAAAACUUGAACCGAGAAGAUUGUCAGAUGAAUGAGAUGCUAGAACCCAAAAUCCAAGACUGGGAUCCAAGAGUGAUGCUUAGCAAUCUCUCUUUCCUGGAACAGAAGAUACAUCAACUCCAGGAUUUAGUCCAUCUGAUUGUUGGUCGGAGAAGCCAAGUUUUGGGUCGAACAAAUGAACUUGUAGCUCAGCAGCAGCAGCUUGUCACUGCUGAUCUCACUUCUAUUAUUGUUCAAUUGAUCACGACUGCUGGUACUCUUCUCCCAUCUGUGAAGAAUACCCUUUCGAUGGCUAGUCCUUCUGUUGGACAGCUUGGGCAGCUUGGUGGAGUACUGUUUCCUUCAGGAACAGGCAUGAAUGGGGGUGGUGUGGCACAAAGUAGUGGUGGAAGCAAGGUUUCUGAUCAAUCUAACCAGAUUGAUCUAACUGGUGCUUGUGUAAUUGAACAAAACAAUGCUACUGAAGAACAUGAACUGAAAGAUGAAGAUGAUGCUGAUGAAGGGGAGAACCUUCCUCCUGGCUCCUAUGAGAUCUUACAGCUAGAAAAGGAAGAAAUCCUUGCACCUCACACCCACUUCUGCAUGAUAUGUGGUAAGGGAUUCAAGAGGGAUGCGAAUUUGAGGAUGCACAUGAGAGGUCAUGGUGAUGAAUACAAAACUCCAGCAGCUCUUGCAAAACCCAACAAGGAAUCCAGCUCUGAGCCAAUGCUUAUUAAGAGGUAUUCCUGCCCUUUUGCUGGUUGCAAGCGCAACAAGGAUCAUAAAAAGUUUCAACCUCUGAAAACCAUUUUAUGUGUGAAAAACCAUUACAAGAGGACUCAUUGCGACAAAAGCUACACUUGCAGCAGGUGCAACACCAAGAAGUUCUCAGUUAUUGCUGAUCUUAAAACUCAUGAGAAGCAUUGUGGCAAGGAUAAGUGGCUUUGUUCCUGUGGAACCACUUUCUCAAGAAAAGACAAGCUUUUUGGGCAUAUUGCUCUCUUCCAAGGCCACACUCCUGCUAUUCCCCUUGAUGAAACUAAAGGAUCUGUUGGGCCAUCUGACCGUGGGGAAGGCAAUGGAGUAGCAAAUAAGGUUGGAAGUGUGGGGUUCAACUUCAGUUCAAAUGCUUCAAGUGGAAGUGGAGUUCAAGAUAUGAUGAUGGAUGUAAAAAGGGGUGCUGACGAGCCUACUGGUUUUUUCUCACCAUUGACCUUUGAUCCUUGUAGUCUCGUUGGGUUUCACGAGUUCCCUCGACCCCCAUUUGAAGACUCAGAAAGUUCAUUCUCUUUUCUCGUCCCAGGGUCUUGUAGCUAUACAAGAAAGACUGGAGGCGAGUCUAGUUCUAAUGAUCUUGAGUAGCAGUCAGAUUGUUAUUUCAAUUUUCAUUAGGGGUCCUGGGGUUUAUUGAAAUCACAUUUCAAUGGUUAGGUGACCCAUGUACUAGUUAUUUCUUGAUUUUCAAUAAAUAUUUUUCUUUAAUCA